GCGACCGGCGAGGAGGAUCACCAGGACUGUGCCGUUAAGAUUUCGGUGUGAGUUACCGGGAGACAGUUUUACUGGGACGUUACCUCGUCUGUAUUGUAUUCUUUUAUUUUCUCUUCUACUCCAGACUGCAGAGGAGUCGCGUUAACAGAGGCUGAGCGACGUAAACAGAGACUCGGAGACAGAGAGAGACAGAGAAAGAGAGAGAGAGAGAGAGAGAGAGAGAGAGAGAGAGAGCGAGAGAGAGAGAGAGAGAGAGAGGAGGGAGACCGACAAGCUCGCGACUGUGAAGUGAGUAUCCAAAAAUCCGUUAUUACAAAGGUUUAGUGGUCUCCAACAAAGCAAGAAAGGCACUACUCUGGAUUUUGAGGAGUGUUUAACCAACUCUGCCUAACCUGCAUACAUUUCGUAUUGGAAUAAUUAGACUUUUCUGCCCUUCUGCCUGGGAUAUUUUUUCUUGUGGUGGAAUUCUUCCUAUUUUACCUGCGCGAAGAGAGCGACCGGCGGGAAAGAUAGAGGUGCAUUGCCGAAAAGAAGAGGAGAACAGAGAGAAAAAGAAGCCGUUGAAGGGGAGGGGGGUCCAUUUCAGUUUCUCUCGGAUGGGAUUCUUCCCUCACACCGCGAAUGGAGGGAUGAUACCGGGAGAAAAAGACGGGGAGAGAGAUAAAGAGAGGAGGGAGAAGAGGAGGAUGUAGUCGUCGGGCGCUGUGAGAAUGCAAAACGGACGCACCCCUCUGGAAGACAGGAUUGAACUAUAAACCCAUACGGAAUUUACAGCCACCCGAAGGAUAUUACACCUCGAUAUAUAUAUAAAUAUAUAUGGGCCAUAUUCUGUUAUCUGGAACCUAUUCGUGUGGAGUUACAACUAUAAUCAACACUAUCGUUCAAAUUAUGGGAUUUGGAAAGAUAAUUGCGACCUGACACCCGGUGAACGAAGGAACAGUAACAUCCGGAAAGAGCUCCACAGCCGGCAGCCAGUCACUUGGGGAGGCGGGCCCUACAGAACUACAAUGAGUGAGUGACCACUGAAAGAAGAUUUUGGACCUUUACCCUCAUCUAUGAUGUUAUAGCCAUGGUACCAUGUGAAUCCUGAAGUAGAGAGUUAUCCGCUUUUACAUCUCUGAAGGUGUCGUGUCCAGGUGGGGUGGUAACCAUGGAGAGGCUGUUGAUGUGUUUGAUGCUGGCUGUUGCCAUGGCAGUGCGGGCACAGGUAUGUCCAAAGCGCUGCGUGUGUCAGAUCCUGUCACCCAACCUGGCGACCCUCUGCGCCAAGAAAGGUCUGCUGUUUGUACCGCCCAACAUUGAUCGGCAUACUGUGGAGCUGCGGCUGGCUGACAACUUUAUCACGAGUGUGAAGAGGAAAGAUUUUGCAAAUAUGACACGGCUGGUGGACCUAACAUUAUCCAGAAACACCAUCUCCUACAUCUCAUCUCAAGCCUUCACUGAUCUGGAAAACCUCCGAGCUCUACACCUCAACAGUAACCGACUGACGAGGAUAAGCAAUGAUACAUUCAACGGAAUGUCAAAGCUUCACCACCUGAUUCUGAACAACAACCAGCUGAUGCUGAUCCACCAGGGAGCAUUCAACGACCUGCUGGCACUGGAAGAGUUGGACCUCAGUUACAAUAACCUGGACUCUAUUCCUUGGGAGGCCAUACAGAGGAUGAUUAGCCUCCAUACAUUGAGUUUAGACCACAACAUGUUGGACUUCAUCCCAGAGGGAACAUUUUCUCUGCUACAGAAGCUCAACCGGCUGGACGUCACCUCUAAUAAACUCCAAAAGCUGCCACCGGACCCACUUUUUCAACGAGCGCAGGUCCUGGCCACAUCAGGGAUCAUGACCUCCACUUCUUUUGCAUUGUCAUUUGGUGGCAACCCUCUCCACUGUAACUGUGAGUUACUGUGGCUGCGGAGGCUGAACAGAGAGGAUGACCUGGAGACGUGCGCUUCACCCCAACACCUCUCUGGGCGAUACUUCUGGUCCAUCCCUGAGGAGGAGUUUCUCUGCGAACCUCCACUCAUCACCAGAUACUCCCAUGAGAUGAGGGUGCUUGAAGGGCAGAGAGUUACUCUCAGGUGUAAGGCAAGAGGGGACCCAGAGCCAGCCAUCCACUGGAUCUCUCCUGAGGGAAAACUGGUGUCUAACUCCUCCAGAACGUUGGUGUACACCAACGGGACUCUGGACAUCCUCAUCAGUACGGUGAAAGACACCGGCUCCUUCACCUGCAUCUCCUCCAACCCUGCCGGUGAAGCCCACCAAACAAUAGAGCUGGUUAUUAUAAAGCUCCCCCACAUUACCAACAACACCAACAACAUCCAGGAGCCAGACCCGGGCUCCUCAGACAUUUCCACGUCGACCCGAGGCGGAGCCAACGGGAGCAACGUGACGGGUGACGUGAAGGGCGGGGUGGAUAAGAGGGUGGUGACGGCCGAGGCCACGUCAUCAACGGCGCUGAUAAAGUUCAACUUCCAGAGGAAUAUUCCGGGCAUUAGGAUGUUCCAGAUACAGUACAAUGGGAGCCAAGACGACUCGCUGGUGUACAGAAUGAUCCCCCCAUCGAGCAAAAACUUCCUGGUCAACAACCUGGCAGCAGGGACCCAGUACGACCUCUGCGUGCUGGCCAUCUACGAUGACAUCAUCACCUCGCUUACAGCAACGCGCGUGGUUGGUUGUGUGCAGUUCACCACCGAGUCGGAGUACAUGAGGUGUCAUUUUAUGCAGUCUCAGUUCCUCGGCGGGACUAUGAUCAUCAUAAUCGGAGGGAUAAUAGUGGCCUCGGUGCUCGUUUUCAUCAUCAUCCUGAUGAUUCGGUACAAGGUGUGUAACCCUGGUGAGGGCAGUAAAGGCGUUUCAUUGUCGAUGACCAACGUUCACUCGCAGACCAACGGGCAGCAGUCGCAGGGAUGCACUGUGACUCCCAGCUCCUCCAAACACGGCUCAAUCGGAUUAGACGACCUCUCAGGAGGCACAAAGAAAAGGAGCGGAGGAGGAGGAGGAGGCAAGGAUACGGUAACUCAGUCGUCCGACUCAUCCCUGCCUGACUGCUCUACCACUACGUCAGUUCUCAGCCAGCCCUGGGCAGCCAGAAGCCCAACAGCUGGAGCAGAGGAUCAGGAGAAAGCGGGAGAGGAGAGAGCUCAGGCUGCCGUCUCGUCGCCCACCGGCACCACCGGUUCACUGACCAAGCCAAAGCGGAAGCCCGCACCGGGUAAGCCAGGCUCGGCCUCGGCUGCUCCUGAAAACCACUCGCCCUCCUCCCCUCGUCCUCCUUCCGCCUUCUCCACUGCGUCCUCUGCUCUCCUCCCCUCCACCCCUCUGGAGAACCUCAACACCAACCGCAACAACUCCACCUCUCUCAACCAAACCCCGCCUCCCUACGUCCCUUCCCCUUUCUCCAGCCCGCUCGCCACCACGAGCCCCGCACCCUCCAUCCGAUUCAGAGAGACGCCCAUCCUACGACGGGCACCCCGCGUCUACACCUCUGCCUCCGCCAAGUACCAGACUCUCCCUGUGGAGGAGGCAGGGAGGAGCAGGGCGAGGAGGAGGAACUCGCUCUGUGAAGGAGGCUCAAAGACUCUCUCCCCCCAUCAGGGAGCCGGAGGAGCACCCAAAAUAGGGCGCAUAAUGCGGAACAAAAGGAGCCAAUCAAUGAGCGGGAUUCUACUCCCGAAAGGCGGGGAUGGAGACUCGGACAAAGGGCGGUGCGAUUCGGACUGGAUCUUAGAAAGCACAGUUUGA